AUUGCUCCUUUUUCCUUCAUUGGUUUAAAAUAAAGUUUAUCAUUUACUACUCCACUAGUUACUAAUAUUUUCGAGACUAAAACCCUUUUAAAUCAUUGAAACUAGCGAUGGCUGUUUUAGUGUUCACAGGCGAUGCUUGCUUGGCGUACGUACGAAUUCUCUCUUUGUGUUAAUUUGGCGGCUCCCCUUCAGGUGUUACAUAUCUGCUCGGGAAUCACUGUACUUCACUCUGAGAAAAGAGUAUGGUGUGCUGAAGAAAGCGCUGUACACUCAGGAGUCUUGGUCUCAAGUCCUCUUAUUACUGGCGCUUAACCCCUUGUGGACUAGUUCUUUGUUUGUAGGUGUUCCUUAUGGGAUUAGAAGCAUCAAGAACAAGGAGAUUCAAUUUAAGGUAGUGUGGACCCAUAUGAUUCAUUUAUUCCUGGCGUUGUCUUAUCAUGGCUGAAAAUGACAUAGACAGAAUCCAGACUGAGAAACUCCUAAAAAGAGUACAAGAACUGGAACAGGAGGUACAAAGACUUAAAAACAAACAGGCCAACACCAAGGACUCAAACGUUAGAGAGAAUUCUUCAGGAGUUGGAAAAGCUAAGCGUGCAUUUGAUUUCAGUGCUCAUGGUCGAAGACAUGUAGCCCUAAAGAUAGCCUAUCUGGGCUGGGGAUACCAGGGCUUUGCCAGUCAAGAAAACACAAACAAUACAAUUGAAGAGAAACUGUUUGAGGCUCUAACCAAGACUCGACUAAUAGAAAGCAGACAGACAUCCAACUAUCACCGGUGUGGGCGGACAGACAAAGGAGUUAGUGCCUUUGGACAGGUGAUUUCUCUUGACCUUCGUUCUCACUUUCCGAAGGGCAGGGAUUCAGAGGAUUUUAACUUGACAGAUGAAGUCAACGAUGCCGCUAAAGAAAUCCGUUAUACCCACAUUCUCAAUCGGGUGCUCCCUCCAGACAUCCGUGUACUGGCCUGGGCCUCUGUAGAACCUAGCUUCAGUGCUCGGUUCAGCUGUCUUGAGCGGACUUACCGCUAUUUCUUCCCUCGUGCUGAUUUAGAUAUUGUAACCAUGAACUGUGCAGCUCAGAAGUAUGUUGGCACGCACGAUUUUAGGAACUUAUGUAAAAUGGACGUAGCCAACGGAGUGAUUAAUUUUCACAGGACUAUUCUUUCUGCUCAAGUACAGCUAGUGGGCCAGGGCCUGGCUGAAGAGAGAUGGCAAGAACCUUUCCAGAUAUGUCAGUUUGAAGUGACUGGCCAGGCGUUCCUUUAUCAUCAGGUCCGUUGUAUGAUGGCUAUCCUUUUUCUUAUUGGCCAAGGAAUGGAGAAGCCAGAGAUUAUCGAUGAGCUGCUAAAUGUAGAGAAAAAUCCCCAGAAACCUCAAUACAGUAUGGCUGUAGAAUUUCCUCUGGUCUUGUAUGACUGUAAGUUUGAAAAUAUCAAGUGGAUCUACGACCGGGAAGUUCAUGAGUUCAAUGUUACCCACCUUCAGCAACAAUGGGCUAAUCAAGCUGUUAAGACUCACAUUUUGUAUAGCAUGCUGCAAGGACUCGACUCUGUUGCAGUACCCUGUGGGACAGGACCAAAGACGGACGGAGUGAUAGAAUGGAGAAAUGUUAAGCCUUCUGUCAUAAAGCAGACCAGUGCCUUCGUAGAAGGAGUGAAAAUGCGCACAUAUAAGCCCCUAAUGCAUCGUCCUAAAUGCCAAGGAUUAGAAUCCCGGAUCAAGCAUUUUGUACGUAGGGGACGCAUUGAGCACCCACGUUUAUUCUGCAAGGAAGAAACAGAAGCCAAAAGGGACUGUAAUGACACACUAGUAGAAGAAGGAACUAUUUUGGAGAAACCAACAAAGAGAGUCUGUGUUGAUACAGAGAUUAAUAGGAUCAUUUAACUACAGAAAACUCACCAAAAUCUAGGAGGCAACAGCUUGCUAAUGGCAGAUAGGAAAGGAAAUCUUUACUGCAAGAAUUCUCAGAAUCUAGAUGAUCAGCUUUUAAAAAAACAGAAAACUAAAAAGAUUAUAGGCCCUAUUAAGGAAGUUCUUGCUUGAACAAGAGAUCAAACAUUCUCUCAUUUCUGUCCCAAAGGAAUGAGAGAUAGAAACAAAGGUAAAUGUAAAAUGGGGAUGUAUCUACGUAUACCCAGAAACCUGUGCCUUGUCUUUAAAUUCAUUAAAGCUUGAUCUUGCAAG